CGCGGCCGUUUUCGACUCAGAGGAGCGCUGGAUGGGAAGAGGAUGCACUGCGGGCUACUGGAGGAGCCUGACAUGGAUUCCACAGAGAGCUGGAUCGAGCGAUGCCUCAACGAGAGCGAGACCAAACGUUACUCCAGCCACAUGUCCCUGGGCAACAUGUCCACCGACGAGCAUGAAGAAAAGGAAAAUAACAGGGCCUCCAAACCGCAUUCGACACCUGCCACUCUGGAAUGGCUGGAGGAGAACUAUGAGAUCGCAGAAGGCGUGUGCAUCCCGAGAAGCGCCCUCUACAUGCACUACCUCGACUUCAGCGAGAAGCACGACACGCAGCCCGUCAACGCGGCCAGCUUCGGGAAGAUUAUCAGACAGCAGUUUCCAGCACUAACCACCAGACGACUCGGCACGAGAGGGCAGUCCAAGUACCACUACUACGGUAUCGCGGUGAAGGAGACGUCGCAGUACUACGACGUGAUGUACUCCAAGAAGGGCGCGGCGUGGGUAAAUGAGGCAGGCAAGAAGGAGGUGACCAAGCAGACGGUGGCAUAUUCACCGCGCUCCAAGCUGGGGACACUGCUGCCAGAGUUCCCAAAUGUCAAAGACCUCAAUUUGCCUGCCAGCUUGCCAGAAGAGAGGGUGUCAACCUUCAUCAUGAUGUACAGAACACACUGCCAGAGGAUACUGGACACAGUCAUCCGGGCUAACUUUGACGAGGUCCAAAGCUUCCUGUUGCACUUCUGGCAAGGCAUGCCACCACACAUGCUGCCCGUGCUCAGCUCGUCCACUGUGGUCAACAUCGUCGGGGUGUGCGACUCCAUCCUCUACAAGGCCAUCUCCGGGGUACUCAUGCCCACCGUCCUCCAAGCGCUGCCUGACAGUUUGACGCAGGUGAUCCGGAAAUUUGCCAAACAAUUAGAAGAGUGGCUCAAAAUUGCCCUUCACGACCUCCCAGAGAACCUGAGGAACAUCAAAUUUGAGUUGUCCAGGAGAUUCUCACAAAUCCUUAAGCGGCAAACAUCUCUAAACCAUCUCUGUCAGGCAUCGCGCACCGUGAUAAAUAGCGCCGACAUCACCUUCCAAAUGCUGGAGGACUGGAGGAACGUGGACCUGAACAGCAUAACCAAGCAGACGCUGUACACCAUGGAAGACUCGCAGGAGGAGCACCGGCAGCUCAUUACGCACUUGUACCAGGAGUUUGAUCGCCUCCUGGAGGAGCAGUCGCCCAUCGAGGCCUACAUCGAGUGGCUCGACUCCAUGGUGGACCGCUGCGUCGUCAAGGUGUCAGGGAAGAGGCCUGGCUGCCUGAAGAAGGUGGCCCAACAGUUCUUGUUGAUGUGGUCCUGCUUCGGGACUAGAGUCAUUCGUGAUAUGACGCUCCACAGCGCCCCCAGCUUUGGCUCCUUCCACCUGAUCCAUCUCAUGUUUGACGACUACGUCCUGUACCUACUGGAAUCGCUGCACUGCCAGGAGAGGGCCAACGACCUCAUGAGGGCCAUGAAGGGCGAGGGUGGCACAGACCGAGAUGAGGAGUUCACGCUGACGGAAAUAACCGCCACCUCCUCGCCGUCCCCGGGCUCCUACUCGCCAGCUCGCUCCGUCCACUCGGCCGCUGUGUCGUCGGCCUCGCCUACAGCCGACACGUCGCCCGAGUUCCCGUCUAACACAGGCGCCGUUCAGUCAUAUACGUGGUCCCUUACAUACACAGUGACAACAGCAGGAGGUUCCGCACCUGACGCCGGCCAGCAGCUGUCCUGCAUGAGGAGCGGGAGCGGCGCCGCUGGCACGACAUCACCGCCACCCUCCUCUGCCCAUCGGCUGCCCGUCUACGCCCACAGAGAGGAGCAUGGAUAUACCGGCAGCUACAACUACGGCACCUACGCCAACCAGCAUCCUCAUGCCAUCCAGAGCCAGUACCCAGGCCUCGCCCACGACGCCGCUAUCCCAGCACCGCUCCACUACUCCGCCUACCACCGCUCAUCUGCACAGUACCAGUUCAACGGUCAGAUGUCCCGCAUGGAUCCGUGUCUGAUGAGCAGCACUCCCCGACUGCACCCUGCACCCGUGACCCCCCGCUGGCCAGAUAUGUCCUCGGUUAAUGGCUGCUACGGUAGCCCGCCUAUGCAUUCGUCCCGCUACGCCGCUUCGGGGGAGGUUUACUCGCCUCUGGUCCCUCGCAGGAACUCGGAGUACGAGCAUUCACAGCAUUUCCCCGGCUUCGCCUACAUCAACGGGGAGGCCGCCGCCACCGGCUGGGCCAAGUAGCCUUUGUGAACACUUUGAACUGUAAAGGGCAUCCAUCGGUCAGUCAAGGUGUGAGGACACUGACAGGACAAAAUAUCAAUCAUGUGUGGGACUGGUGCAGCGGCUUUUAUACAAUUCCUGCUUGUCCGUCCAUUGGUAGAAAUCUGUGAAAUUAUGUACAGUGUCUUGAAAAAGUAUUUGCCCCCUUCCCGAUUUUUUGUUUUGUUUGGUUUUUGGGUAUAUUUAUUCAUUACACCUAAAUGUUUCAGAUCAUUAAGCCAAUUUUAAUAUUUCACAAUUUUUUUAGUGUGAUAUAAAGAGAGCAUUAUUUUUAUUUUUAUUUUAAAGUUUUUUUUUACCCCUCCCACAAGUUUUAAACACAUUUCAACAUUAAAACACACAAAGUAUUAAAGUAUUCCUUAGCACCUGUUUUCGCUCAUGCUUGCAGCAAAAAGAAGCAGUGUGUUUAUUGUAAAACUGACACAUAAAGCAAGAAUUAAAUGUAUAUUUCAACACCCAAACGUUGAACCAAACCAUAUACUGUAAUUUCAUCGAACCAAAGUCCAUCCAACAUUUGAAACAAAAUGACAACAGAAAUUAGCAUAUAUGUUAUGGUAUUUAUAAACAUUCAAUUGACUGCUACUUUAAACACAUGGACAGCAACACUUUCAAACACCAUACAAUACUCACAUUCUUCUCUUUUUCACAUAGAGCCAGGUUAAGAUUUUUUUUUUCCUCUUAAUAAAUUCAAUCAUGAUUUCGAAACUGCAUUUUGUUAUUAGCUACAGCUGUCUGUGUGAUAUUAAAAUAGGUUUGAUGAUCCAAAAGAUUUAAGUGUGAUAAAUAUACAUUUUGUAGAAAUCAGGAAGAGAGCAAAUACUUUGUCAUGGCGUUGUACAUUAUUAUCAUUAAUAAUAAUAAUAACAAAAAAAAAAAAAAACCCGCAGCAAAAUCAUACAACGCUGCCACCAAGCUGUGCCUUUGUUUUCAGGAAUGUACGCCUCUGCCAGUUAGCCCGUAAUGCCUGAAAUUAUGUGAGGGGUCCACGCUAAGCUGUCAAGUGGAUGUGCUGCAGCACUGCCUUAACCUUCACCAAAAAAAGAGCCCAAAACAACAUAGAAAGCGACAUUCUAGGAUUCACGCCAGAGGCUAAAAAACCGUGUGUAUUUUGUUGCUUCUUUUGUGUGAUAAAUUCUAUAUAUAUAUACUAUGUAUUUUCUGUAACUAUGUAACAUGGUGUAUCGUUUGCUUUCUAUGGUUAUCGGAUGUUCUGUUUUGUAAGACAAUUAGUACAUUAACCUUGGGUUGUGUGUUUUUAUAAUGCACUCAAAUGCUACAGAGGACCUAUUACCCUAUGGGUAUUUAUUAAAGUAAACAAAAUAAAAACAGAAAUUAUCUAAGUGUACAGUAACAUUGUUCAAUGCAAGCACUGGAAAAGCAUCUGUGGUGAAUGCUGGAGGAUCGCAGUUGAA